AUGUGUCUCUGCUUCUUACACGCUGGGGAGGACGACGAGGAGGAGGAGGAGGAGAAGGAGGAGGGUAUGUGCAUGGAUGGCACGGUAUCGGGGGGAGGAGAGGAGGCUGGGUACACGCACCAGACGGAGUCAGGACCUGAGAGGGGAGAUGGCGGAGGGGGAGAUGGGGGAGGGGGAGAUGGGGGAGGGGGAGAUGGCGGAGGGGGAGAUGGGGGAGGGGGAGAUGGGGGAGGGGGAGAUGGCGGAGGGGGAGAUGGGGGAGGGGGAGAUGGGGGAGGGGGAGAUGGGGGAGGGGGAGAUGGCGGAGGGGGAGAUGGGGGAGGAGGAGAUGGCGGAGAGGGAGAUGGCGGAGGGGGAGAUGGGGGAGGGGGAGAUGGCGGAGGUGGAGAUGGGGGAGGGGGAGAUGGCGGAGGGGGAGAUGGGGGAGGGGGAGAUGGCGGAGGGGGAGAUGGGGGAGGAGGAGAUGGCGGAGGGGGAGAUGGCGGAGGGGGAGAUGGGGGAGGGGGAGAUGGCGGAGGGGGAGAUGGCGGAGGGGGAGAUGGGGGAGGGGGAGAUGGCGGAGGGGGAGAUGGGGGAGGGGGAGAUGGCGGAGGGGGAGAUGGCGGAGGGGGAGAUGGCGGAGGGGGAGAUGGCGGAGGGGGAGAUGGGGGAGGGGGAGAUGGGGGAGGGGGAGAUGGGGGAGGGGGAGAUGGCGGAGGGGGAGAUGGGGGAGGAGGAGAUGGCGGAGGGGGAGAUGGCGGAGGGGGAGAUGGGGGAGGGGGAGAUGGCGGAGGGGGAGAUGGGGGAGGGGGAGAUGGCGGAGGGGGAGAUGGCGGAGGGGGAGAUGGCGGAGGGGGAGAUGGCGGAGGGGGAGAUGGGGGAGGGGGAGAUGGGGGAGGGGGAGAUGGGGGAGGGGGAGAUGGCGGAGGGGGAGAUGGGGGAGGAGGAGAUGGCGGAGGGGGAGAUGGCGGAGGGGGAGAUGGGGGAGGGGGAGAUGGGGGAGGGGGAGAUGGCGGAGGGGGAGAUGGGGGAGGGGGAGAUGGGGGAGGGGGAGAUGGCGGAGGGGGAGAUGGGGGAGGGGGAGAUGGGGGAGGGGGAGAUGGCGGAGGGGGAGAUGGGGGAGGGGGAGAUGGGGGAGGGGGAGAUGGGGGAGGGGGAGAUGGCGGAGGGGGAGAUGGGGGAGGAGGAGAUGGCGGAGGGGGAGAUGGCGGAGGGGGAGAUGGGGGAGGGGGAGAUGGCGGAGGGGGAGAUGGGGGAGGGGGAGAUGGCGGAGGGGGAGAUGGGGGAGGGGGAGAUGGCGGAGGGGGAGAUGGGGGAGGAGGAGAUGGCGGAGGGGGAGAUGGCGGAGGGGGAGAUGGGGGAGGGGGAGAUGGCGGAGGGGGAGAUGGCGGAGGGGGAGAUGGGGGAGGGGGAGAUGGCGGAGGGGGAGAUGGCGGAGGGGGAGAUGGCGGAGGGGGAGAUGGCGGAGGGGGAGAUGGCGGAGGGGGAGAUGGGGGAGGGGGAGAUGGGGGAGGGGGAGAUGGGGGAGGGGGAGAUGGCGGAGGGGGAGAUGGGGGAGGAGGAGAUGGCGGAGGGGGAGAUGGCGGAGGGGGAGAUGGGGGAGGAGGAGAUGGCGGAGGGGGAGAUGGCGGAGGGGGAGAUGGGGGAGGGGGAGAUGGCGGAGGGGGAGAUGGCGGAGGGGGAGAUGGGGGAGGGGGAGAUGGCGGAGGGGGAGAUGGCGGAGGGGGAGAUGGCGGAGGGGGAGAUGGCGGAGGGGGAGAUGGCGGAGGGGGAGAUGGGGGAGGGGGAGAUGGGGGAGGGGGAGAUGGGGGAGGGGGAGAUGGGGGAGGGGGAGAUGGGGGAGGGGGAGAUGGCGGAGGGGGAGAUGGGGGAGGAGGAGAUGGCGGAGGGGGAGAUGGCGGAGGGGGAGAUGGGGGAGGGGGAGAUGGCGGAGGGGGAGAUGGCGGAGGGGGAGAUGGGGGAGGGGGAGAUGGCGGAGGGGGAGAUGGCGGAGGGGGAGAUGGCGGAGGGGGAGAUGGCGGAGGGGGAGAUGGCGGAGGGGGAGAUGGGGGAGGGGGAGAUGGGGGAGGGGGAGAUGGGGGAGGGGGAGAUGGCGGAGGGGGAGAUGGGGGAGGAGGAGAUGGUGGAGGGGGAGAUGGCGGAGGGGGAGAUGGGGGAGGGGGAGAUGGCGGAGGGGGAGAUGGGGGAGGGGGAGAUGGCGGAGGGGGAGAUGGCGGAGGGGGAGAUGGCGGAGGGGGAGAUGGCGGAGGGGGAGAUGGGGGAGGGGGAGAUGGGGGAGGGGAGAUGGGGGAGGGGGAGAUGGCGGAGGGGGAGAUGGGGGAGGAGGAGAUGGCGGAGGGGGAGAUGGCGGAGGGGGAGAUGGGGAGGGGGAGAUGGGGGAGGGGGAGAUGGCGGAGGGGGAGAUGGGGGAGGGGGAGAUGGGGGAGGGGAGAUGGCGGAGGGGGAGAUGGGGGAGGGGGAGAUGGGGGAGGGGGAGAUGGCGGAGGGGGAGAUGGGGGAGGGGGAGAUGGGGGAGGGGGAGAUGGCGGAGGGGGAGAUGGGGGAGGGGGAGAUGGCGGAGGGGGAGAUGGGGGAGGGGAGAUGGCGGAGGGGAGAUGGCGGAGGGGGAGAUGGCGGAGGGGGAGAUGGCGGAGGGGGAGAUGGCGGAGGGGGAGAUGGCGGAGGGGGAGAUGGGGAGGGGGAGAUGGCGGAGGGGGAGAUGGGGGAGGGGGAGAUGGCGGAGGGGGAGAUGGGGGAGGGGGAGAUGGCGGAGGGGGAGAUGGCGGAGGGGGAGAUGGGGGAGGGGGAGAUGGCGGAGGGGGAGAUGGGGGAGGGGGAGAUGGCGGAGGGGGAGAUGGGGGAGGGGGAGAUGGCGGAGGGGGAGAUGGCGGAGGGGGAGAUGGCGGAGGGGGAGAUGGCGGAGGGGGAGAUGGGGGAGGGGGAGAUGGCGGAGGGGGAGAUGGGGGAGGGGGAGAUGGCGGAGGGGGAGAUGGGGGAGGGGGAGAUGGCGGAGGGGGAGAUGGGGGAGGGGGAGAUGGGGGAGGGGGAGAUGGGGGAGGGGGAGAUGGCGGAGGGGGAGAUGGGGGAGGAGGAGAUGGCGGAGGGGGAGAUGGCGGAGGGGGAGAUGGGGGAGGGGGAGAUGGCGGAGGGGGAGAUGGCGGAGGGGGAGAUGGGGGAGGGGGAGAUGGCGGAGGGGGAGAUGGCGGAGGGGGAGAUGGCGGAGGGGGAGAUGGCGGAGGGGGAGAUGGGGGAGGGGGAGAUGGGGGAGGGGGAGAUGGGGGAGGGGGAGAUGGGGGAGGGGGAGAUGGGGGAGGGGGAGAUGGCGGAGGGGGAGAUGGGGGAGGAGGAGAUGGCGGAGGGGGAGAUGGCGGAGGGGGAGAUGGGGGAGGGGGAGAUGGCGGAGGGGGAGAUGGCGGAGGGGGAGAUGGGGGAGGGGGAGAUGGCGGAGGGGGAGAUGGCGGAGGGGGAGAUGGCGGAGGGGGAGAUGGCGGAGGGGGAGAUGGCGGAGGGGGAGAUGGGGGAGGGGGAGAUGGGGGAGGGGGAGAUGGGGGAGGGGGAGAUGGCGGAGGGGGAGAUGGGGGAGGAGGAGAUGGCGGAGGGGGAGAUGGCGGAGGGGGAGAUGGGGGAGGGGGAGAUGGCGGAGGGGGAGAUGGGGGAGGGGGAGAUGGCGGAGGGGGAGAUGGCGGAGGGGGAGAUGGCGGAGGGGGAGAUGGCGGAGGGGGAGAUGGGGGAGGGGGAGAUGGCGGAGGGGGAGAUGGGGGAGGAGGAGAUGGCGGAGGGGGAGAUGGCGGAGGGGGAGAUGGGGGAGGGGGAGAUGGGGGAGGGGGAGAUGGCGGAGGGGGAGAUGGGGGAGGGGGAGAUGGGGGAGGGGGAGAUGGCGGAGGGGGAGAUGGGGGAGGGGGAGAUGGGGGAGGGGGAGAUGGCGGAGGGGGAGAUGGGGGAGGGGGAGAUGGGGGAGGGGGAGAUGGCGGAGGGGGAGAUGGGGGAGGGGGAGAUGGCGGAGGGGGAGAUGGGGGAGGGGGAGAUGGCGGAGGGGGAGAUGGCGGAGGGGGAGAUGGCGGAGGGGGAGAUGGCGGAGGGGGAGAUGGCGGAGGGGGAGAUGGGGGAGGGGGAGAUGGCGGAGGGGGAGAUGGGGGAGGGGGAGAUGGCGGAGGGGGAGAUGGGGGAGGGGGAGAUGGGGGAGGGGGAGAUGGCGGAGGGGGAGAUGGGGGAGGGGGAGAUGGCGGAGGGGGAGAUGGGGGAGGGGGAGAUGGCGGAGGGGAGAUGGCGGAGGGGGAGAUGGCGGAGGGGGAGAUGGCGGAGGGGGAGAUGGGGGAGGGGGAGAUGGGGGAGGGGGAGAUGGGGGAGGGGGAGAUGGCGGAGGGGGAGAUGGGGGAGGAGGAGAUGGCGGAGGGGGAGAUGGCGGAGGGGGAGAUGGGGGAGGGGGAGAUGGGGGAGGGGGAGAUGGCGGAGGGGGAGAUGGGGGAGGGGGAGAUGGGGGAGGGGGAGAUGGCGGAGGGGGAGAUGGGGGAGGGGGAGAUGGGGGAGGGGGAGAUGGCGGAGGGGGAGAUGGGGGAGGGGGAGAUGGGGGAGGGGGAGAUGGCGGAGGGGGAGAUGGGGGAGGGGGAGAUGGCGGAGGGGGAGAUGGGGGAGGGGGAGAUGGCGGAGGGGGAGAUGGGAGGGGAGAUGGCGGAGGGGGAGAUGGCGGAGGGGGAGAUGGCGGAGGGGGAGAUGGGGGAGGGGGAGAUGGCGGAGGGGGAGAUGGGGGAGGGGGAGAUGGCGGAGGGGGAGAUGGGGGAGGGGGAGAUGGCGGAGGGGGAGAUGGCGGAGGGGGAGAUGGCGGAGGGGGAGAUGGCGGAGGGGGAGAUGGCGGAGGGGGAGAUGGGGGAGGGGGAGAUGGGGGAGGGGGAGAUGGCGGAGGGGGAGAUGGGUUGUUAG